UGGGAUGGGUGGCCCUUUCCUCUCAACAGCCAGCUUGGAAAAAUAUUCCCUUUGUGAACUGUCCCUCAUCCCAGCAGACUUGGAGAACCCUCGGCGACCUCGCAGAGGGGUGGCACCCGAGCAGGGGGGAUUACCCGUGGUGGUCAGAAGAGGUGUGGGAGCCUUUGUCCCUGAUGUCCCCCGAGCAGAAGGUCCCUGCUGCCUGCGCACGCCGCUCUCAUCGGGCUGGUAUUCCCUCUGUCCGAAUUCGGGAGCGUCGGGAGCCGCCACUCCCUCUGAUCCCUCCUCCUGCCAAGGACUGGUGCUGAGCGUGCCCCCCAUGGGAUCCUGCAGCCAACACCUGCCAGGUGUGGUCCAGCCACGCUCGCCCAAAUGCAGACAAGCCUUGGAAAGCCUCAACAGCUCCACCUCUACCUGGAGCUCUAAUGACUGCUCUCUACCAAGGACUAGCUGGAGGCAGUGCCAGAAGCCCUCCCAGCUGCCUCACCCUCAAAUAAGCAGUGGCUCAGAGAAGAAUCUGAUUUUUCCCCUGCAGGGAGAGGAGGAAAGGUGGAAGAACGGGAUCAGCUUGCUGCUGGCUGGCCAUGUGGGCACUGAGGUUUUGUGUUGGAAGCCUGGUUGCUGAGAAUUUUGGACUUUCUGUGCUGACAGGCACUGACCCCCAAGAGAACUCUGCAUUUGACCUGAGGCUGUGGAGAAGCUUCCAAAAUGGAAUGAGAGAACUGGGAUUGUGGGUGUGGAGUUUGAGUAAAAGUGUGUGAUACCACAUGGUGGGAAACUUAGAGUUUAAGGGUUUAGAAUACAGUCAUAUAUAAAAACAAGAUGGAGGUUUUGGGCAGAAGCUGGUCCUUCUCCUUCACCUUCUUCUCCUGGGUUUGGGUGGUUUUGUGUAAUUGGAUAAAAAAGUCCCCAUUGAGGGCCAUGGGUGGUUGGUUAUUGGGUUAAAAGUAAAAAUAAUUUAGGUGUAAUUUUUUAAUUGGACAGUUUAUCCUUAAAAGACUUUGUAGAGAGAGAUGGAGCUCCAUUUUUAGUUUGUUAGAGUGAAGUGCUGUAGAACUCAGGGUUUGUGAGACUU